GGUUGCACCUUUUGUUGCUUUUUAAUUUUUUAUUGUUAUUAUUUUUUUAUAGACGUCGCUAUCCAUUCAUCAACUAUUAAGUUGAAAUAUAUCAACGAAUUAUUGAAGGGUUGAAAGGAACCCUAACGUUAGAGCUGGUUUCAAUUUUUUAUUUAUUAUGUUUUCGUUGUGGAAAUAUUUUUUAUGAUUCAAUAUUUGCUAUUUCCUCAUAUAAUUAUGAUUCACUAUAAGAUUUCUUCAGGAUAUAAGUAAAUCUACGAGAAAAUUCCUCGCUUAUUGAACAUCAAUUAAGAACUCGAUAAACUUGGUGUGUACGGAAAUGAAUAAAAUAGCACUGUAGGAAAAUAACCCGUCCAGGCAUGCCUUAUUAUAUCUAUGUUAGUAUAUAUAAAAAUACGGAAGUUACUGUCUCUUUGUGUACGCUUGAAUUUAGUUUGUUGUAUAACGUGUCUACGCUGCGGGAACAACAAUAUAUUGUAUUCUAAUGUUCCUGAUUAGAAGCUCGUAGAAUACGUCGAGAAUUGAAACCGAGAACUAUGUAUCUCAUCAUUAUUAAGAAUAUAAUGCGAAUGUAUUUUAUAAUGUAAUCAACAUAUUAGUCGUAUAAAACACGUAGGCACGUUCACUUAUGCCUAUUGGAUAUUACCUAUACUGUACGUAGCUGCAUAAUAUUUUAUUCAGUUCAACAGAAAUAUUUUAUCAACGAAUAGUUGUAAGCCGACGCACCGCCUACUUGAAAAUGACUGGCAAAAUUUCAUCGGUCCUCGCUUCUUGCUUCGCCGUAACAAUAUUGUACAUUAUUUAUGUUGAAGCUAAUCCCGCUAUAGCUACCAGCUAUGACGCCUUGGAGAUUUGUAUCGAAAACUGUGCACAGUGUAAGAAGAUGCUGGGUGCCUGGUUCGAAGGACCACGAUGUGCAGAAUCUUGCAUCAAGUUCAAAGGAAAAAUGAUACCUGAGUGUGAAAAUUUCGCGUCCAUUGCGCAGUUCUUGAACAAACUUUAACCGUUACUUUUGAAACGCCGCGUGACGCGUUUUCAAGCCAUUAUGAAAACGCUUCAUAAUGCCAAAGCAUUUAUUGUUAAGCUAUAUAAUAUUUUGUUUUAAAUUAUUCGAAUACAGGGUCAAUCGUAGUUUUAAGUAUUAAUGUAUUUUUUUACGAUGAAUAUAAAAAUGAAAUUCUA